GUUUUUUCCUCGGACACUUACCUACAUUGAUAAAGCUGUCGAAGAAUAACAUAGUAAUUUAUGACCCAAUUUUGGAAUGGGUGGAAAAGUACGGUCCGGUAAUACGUCUUAAUCUUAUACACAAGGUCCUAAUCUUUGCUAUUAGCCCAGAUUCAGUAAAGGAAUUCCUGAUGUCGCCAAAAUACACUAAAGAUGAUUUCUACGACCGCAUACACAGCAUGUUUGGAACUAGAUUCAUGGGAAAUGGUUUACUCUCAGAUCGAAACUAUGAACACUGGUACAAACAGAGGAGGAUUAUGGAUCCAUCAUUCAGCAAAAGCAACCUGAUGCUCUCAAUGAGAACUUUUAAUGAUAAAGCAGAAGAACUGAUGGAGAAACUGGCAGAAAAGGCAGAUUGGAAAUGUCACGUUGUAAUGCACAAUAUGAUGAGUAGAGUCACACUGGAUGUAAUUGCCAAGCUUGCCUAUGGGAUGGAGUUGAACUCUGUUCAUGAUGAUCAAACACCAUUUCCACGAGCAAUUUCCAUGGCUAUGAGAGGAAUGGUAGAAUCCCGGAAUCCAUUGUCAAUGUUUAACCCAUUCAAACAAGAUGUGAUCAGUGAAUUGAAAAAGAAUGUGACUUUGCUGAGGGAAACAGGCAAAGAACGCAUUGAGCAAAGGAUGAAGGCAAUUCAAGAUGAAGAGGACAUACCUAAAGAUAUCCUUACGCAGAUCCUUAAAGCUGCUGAGUUGGAAGGCGGUUGCACUAUGGAGGAUUUUGUAGAUAAUUUUGUUACUUUUUUCAUUGCAGGACAAGAAACAACCGCCAACCAGCUGUCCUUUGCUGUUCAGGAAUUAGCACGACAUCCAGAGAUACUAACUAAGGUCCAGGCGGAAGUGGAUGAAGUUAUUGGCUCCAAAAGAGACAUUGACUAUGAAGAUCUUGGGAAACUGCAAUAUUUGUCGCAGGUUUUAAAAGAAACCCUGAGGUUAUAUGCAACAGUCCCAGGCACAACAAGAACCACAGAGGAGGAAACGAUCAUCGAAGGAGUGAGGAUUCCUGCCGGAUCGAAUGUAAUGUUUAACACGUACAUCAUGUGCCGGAUGGAAAAAUAUUAUCCAGAUCCCUUGGUCUUCAACCCAGAUAGAUUCCACCCUGAUGCCCCCAAACAUGCCUACGUCUACUUUCCAUUUUCUCUUGGUCCGCGAACAUGUAUUGGACAAGUAUUUGCUCAGAUGGAGGCAAAGGUGGUCAUGGCCAAAUUAGUACAGAGAUAUGAGUUUGAGCUGGUGGAAGGACAAAGCUCUAUGAUUUUGGAUACCGGGACCCUGCGCCCCUUGGACGGUGUCAUUUGCCGACUGAGACCUCGAGCAUCAAAGAAAUAAACUACAUAACCUCAUUUCAUUGGAUUAGUUCUUAUAUGAGUGUACUAGAUCUAUAGUUUGGUCAGUGGUAAGUUCACAUCUAUCCAGUGCAAAUGUGUGUAGUCUAUCAGCAGCUCAGAAGAAUGGGAUUUCGGUGUAUAUCACUGUGUGUCCUAAUCAGACCCACUCAUUUGAAUGUACUAAAUCUAGUUUAAAAGUGACAACAUUUGGCACAUUUAGAAAUGUAUACCAUUUUAGUGUCAGACUCAAAAGCGUGGCCGACCAUGCUUUUGAAUACCACAAAAAAAUAGCAUUACCCUGCUUCUCUUUCCUGGUGCUCAAUGUUUGGAUGCCACCAGUCCAUGCCAUUGAAAAAUCAUUGAUCAGUCUAUAAUUUUAAUGGUUGUUUUUU